AUGGACAUAUCUAGAAGAGCAUUGCUUAAGGUUAUCGUUCUCGGCGAUAGCGGCCAGCAGUAUAAAGCUACAAUUGGUGCUGAUUUUGUCACCAAGGAACUACAGAUUGAUGAGAAACUGGUCACUUUGCAAAUAUGGGACACAGCUGGGCAGGAGAGGUUUCAGAGUUUAGGGGCAGCAUUUUACAGAGGGGCAGAUUGCUGUGUUCUUGUAUAUGAUGUAAACGUACGGAAAUCAUUUGAAACACUUAAUAAUUGGCAUGAAGAGUUUCUCAAACAGGCUGAUCCAGUUGAUCCUGAUGCAUUCCCUUUUAUAUUACUAGGAAACAAAAUCGAUGUAGAUGGUUUCAGAGAAAAAGCCAGAGAAUGGUGUGCAUCCAAGGGAGGUGUACCAUACUUUGAGACCUCAGCAAAAGAGGAUUACAGCGUUGAUGAAGCAUUUCUUUGCGUUGCAAAAACUGGACUAGAAGGUGAACAUGAACAGGAACAUGACAUUGAUGAUAAUUUGCAUCAUAAGCUCAAGCCAUUUUUUGCAGUUACUUCCAGGGUAUAUCGGAAACUGUUUCGGAAGGUGAGCAAAGAGGAGGCUGUGCAUGUUAGAGUUGGCUGCCAGAGGAUUAAAUGA